AUGCUCCGGCCCCGGCGGCGGGAGCGGGGCGAGCUCCGGCCCCGCACCGGGCACCCAGACCCCGCACCGGCACCAGAGCCGAGCCCUCACCUCCGGCACCGGCACCGCCACCGGCAUCAGCCCUUCGCACUGGCACUGCCGGCGAUGCGUGCGAUGGCAGAGCAGGCUGUGGCAGCAGCGGACGCCUCCCCAGCCCUGGCACCAUCCCCAGGCUCUCCUUGGCACAGGGACGCCGAUGGGAUGAAGUCUCAUCCCGCCAGCACCAGGGAGGACAGCGGUGGCCGGGACGGCUGCGGGAUCGUUUUCCCCAUGGACGGGGACACGAAGCCUCUCCCUUCGCCCCAGCCCGCGGGGAUGCUCCUGGCCGACAUCCCGCGGGGGCCGCAGCCACGGCUGAGCCUGGCCAAGUCCCGCACGGCCCCGUCCUCGCCCAGCGUCUCCCCGUCGGAGAGCCGCGCCGCCCUGCUCCGGCUGCGGGAGGCCAAGCUGGAGGACACCAAGAGGAGGCUGUCGGAGGCCGUGCAGGAGCCCCUCAGCCGGCUGAGCCGGCUCAUGGCCGAGGAGAGCAGCCCCACGGCACGGGGGAAGGCAGGGGGCAGCCCCGGGCGAGGGGAGCCGGGGGGCCGAGGGGCUGGGGGCCGCCGGGUGCGGGACUGGAGCCCCUGGGAGCCCAGCCUGAACUGCCGCUACGAGAUCUGCUCCUACGGGGACGUCAUCCAGGUGGUGGAGGUCGUGCAGCAGGAGGCCGAGCCCCCGGAGCAGCCGCCAGCAGCCCGGCCGGGGGGCUCGGUGCCGGGCAGGGCCCUGGCCUGCGUCGCGCUCCUCGCCUACGGCUACUUGGUCCUGCCGCUGCCGCCCUACGCCGCCGGCCUCUGCCUGGGGCUCACCUGCGGGCUGCUGCUGGGCUUCCUCGCCAUCCUGCUCCUCCUGCUGAAGCCUCCGCCGCCGCGGGGACGCCUGCGCCCUGAGCUGCUCCCGGGGGGCCCGCGGGGAGCCCAUGGCCUCCAGGGCUGGCUGAACCAGCUGCACGUCUACGACCCUGAGCUCUACCACCCAUCGCUCACGCACUCGGUGCUGGCCACUCUGGAUGGGGCCACCCUCAAGCUCUCCUACCCCAAGAACAACAUCCCGCGCCGGGCCACCUUCGCGGAGGAAAUCCUCAAUGCCACCUUCAUCAGCCAUCGCUGCUACAACAUGACCGAUGCCAAGGUCUUCCUCUGCCCCCCCUGCCUAGCCCGAAAGCGGCUGUGGAACAAGAAAUACCCCAUCUGCAUCCUCUUCCCGGAUCGCGCAGACACGGAGCACAGGAGCAGUGAUGAACAUGGCACAGAGCUGCAGGGGGACGAAGGGACGAAGAAGCCGCAGGUGCCCAUCCAGGACGUCCCGGGGGACUGCAGGGAAAGGUGCCUGUACCUCUUCGGACGGACGGGGAGGGAGAAGGAGGAGUGGUACCAGCACCUCCUGCGAGCCUGCCACGGGACCCCGAGCAGCAGCCGCGGUGAAGCCAGGCCAGGGAUGGGACCAGCUCCACAGAGCGCUGCCAGCAGCAGUGGAGGGAGCACCGAGGACAUCCCCUCUGCCAUCAGACCCAAGGACCUGGCUGGAAAUGUCCGACAGAAGAUUUUUCUGGAUUACAGCACCUACAUGGCCCGAUUCGUGCCGGCAGAGGCAGGGGGCAGCCCGGAGCAGAGCCCCCCUCACAGCGUGCUGAGCAGCCCCGUGCCCGUGAAGCUCGGCGAGGACGUGGCCGGGCACAGCGAGGGGUGCACGGCCUGGGUGAACGCGCUGGUGGGGCGCAUCUUCUGGGACUUCCUCCGGGAGCGGUACUGGGCCGAGCAGGUGGCCAGCAAGAUCCAGAAGAAGUUAAGCAAGAUCAAGCUCCCGUAUUUCAUGAACGAGCUGACGCUGACAGAGCUGGACAUGGGCACGUCCAUCCCCUCCAUCCUCAGCACCUCCAAGCCCACCAUCAAUGACCGAGGGCUCUGGGUGGACAUGGAAGUCACCUACAGCGGCUCCUUGCAGAUGACCCUUGAGACGAAGAUGAACCUCUGCAAGCUGGGGAAGGAGGGUGCUGCAGAGGACAGCGGCCCGGCGGAGGCAGGAGGAGAGGGGGCCAGGCCUCGGCUGAUCCUGCUGGCAGACAGCGACGCGGAGUCGUCCAGCGCCGGCUCCUCCGACGAGGAGGACAUCGCUGCUGCAGAGCCCGCAGGAGCCCUGGGAGAGCGGGUGCCCCCACCCGGCACCGAGGGCCACGUCAGUGGAAACAGCACAGGCCGGAAGAUCCUGCGCUUUGUGGAUAAGAUCGCCAAGUCCAAGUACUUCCAGAAGGCCACCGAAAAUGAGUUCAUCAAAAAGAAGAUCGAGGAAGUUUCCAACACGCCACUGCUGCUGACGGUGGAGGUGCAGGAGCUGGCGGGCACCUUGGCCGUGAACGUGCCCCCGCCACCGACGGACCGUGUCUGGUACAGCUUCCGUGUCCCACCCCAGCUGGAGCUGAAGGUGCGCCCCAAGCUGGGUGAGCGGGAGGUGACGUUCCUCCAUGUCACCGAGUGGAUCGAGAAGAAGCUGCAGCAUGAAUUUCAGAAAAUUUUGGUGAUGCCGAACAUGGAUGAUCUCAUCAUUCCCAUCAUGAACUCCGGCCUGGAUCCUCAGCCACCCACUGGGGAGCUGCCCAGGGACCUACUGGCCAAGGGAGAGAGGAGGCUCUGA